AUGAGAUCUUCGGUCGCAUGGAGUCUGGCAGUCUUGCCACUCGCCAUUGUCGCAUACUUUACUGAUCUUCCUGCGGCUUUUAACGAUACACCCGCAAGAUGGGCCUACGUAUCAUAUGGAGACCCUUCUGUGGCUGUUCUUCCAGGGUCAUUCAACCGCUCCGCCAUGGAUGCUCUUUACAAAGGACAUGCCACCGAUCCAGAGCUAGAAAAGAGGAAUGCCUUCCUCAAUACCACGAACUUCAUAGCCUAUGACGAAAGAUUCAUGGAUAUCCUUGGACCUAAGGCUACAAUCACGCAAGCUGGUGAUGGAGUGGAUGUCAUUGACCCCGUCUCUGGACUAGCUCUUGGCACCGUACGUGUGGGUGGAGGAAGCAAUCUGGCUGUGAACAUGGCAUUUGGCGAGAAUGAGCUGUGGAUCGUGGGUAGAGGGGGAGUUUGGCAUGUUACUGGUGUCGCAGAGAGAUUGGAUUGA